AUGGCUGGUUCACGAGAGCAAGCUGCGGCCAUGGAGCUGGCUGGUUACAGCUCAAAGGAGGCACCAAUUAUUGAUGACCAAGAAUUGGGACCAGAAGGCGCUGACCUGGCUCGUAUCGAGCGUGUCUACAAAAAGAUCGAUCGCAGAAUCAUCCCGCCAUUUUGGAUCCUCUACUUCCUCUGCUCGGCUAUCCGCUCCAAUGUUGGUCUGGCACAAACCAUGAACUCGGCACAAGGUCAUGACCUUUCCGACGUGCUCCAUUUGACACCCAAGCAAGUCUCCACUGGCCUGGCGCUCUUCUACGUCUGCUAUGUGGUCUUUGAUUGUCCUUCGAACCUUAUCAUGUCCAAGUUGAGCCCGCAUGUGUGGAUGAGCAGAAUCGUGCUAAGUGUUGGUAUCAUUGGUACAUGCAUGACAGCUAUGAAAGCUGCUUGGAGUCUCUAUUUGUUGCGACUGUUGCUGGGCAUUGUUAUCGCUGGCAUGUGGCCUGGCAUGACCUACUACCUCAGUCUUUAUUAUCCACCCUCGCGCUGCGCAAGACGCAUUGGACAUUACUACACUGCAGCACAGCUGUCUGCCGCUGUUGUCGGUCUUGUCAGUGCUGGCUUCCAAAAGAUGGAUGGCCUUGGUGGUCUCGUGGGUUUUCAGUGGAUGUUCUUGAUUUACGGAUUGUUGGCAGUUAUCCUCGGCAUCGUAUUGCUCUGGUGGUUGCCCGAUCGUCCGCACCCGCCCGGUGAGAAGAUUGAACAACCUGUUGGCUGGAGACGUUUGCUGCCACGAAGCCCACCCGUACUUACGGGAGAGGACGCUCGUAUCCAUUACGAAGAGCUGACAAGGGUGUACCAUCGACCCGCCUGGGGAUGGAAGGACCUGGGUCGCGUGCUCAUUGACUGGCGCCUUUGGCCUUUGGUCAUCAUGUACUUUGGCGUCGUAGGCGUAGGUAUGUUCAUGUUUCUCUGGUUCAUCAUGUUCUGCGCUAACCAAUAUCAGNGCAUUGGUGUUCAGAGUUACGGCACCGUCAUCAUCCAUGCCAUCAACCCUAGUCUCAGCAGUAUCAACUUGUCACUCCUCUUCGCACCCAUUUGGAUCAUGGAUCUGAUAGCCAUCCUCCUCAUCACCNCCCUCAGCGAUCGCUUCCACACUCACCGUCACCUCAUCUUCAGUCUGUCUUGUCUCGUCAUCCUGGCCGGUCUUCUCACCACCACUUUUGCCGGCGGCAACGACAGCUGGUCGAGAUAUGGAGGUCUCUUGAUCAUCGGCUUUGGUCUGGGACCCACUGUGCCUACCAUUAUGGCAAUGAGCACUUCUAUCUUCCAGCCACGUCACGGUGAAGUUGGCAUUGCUGCAGCUUCUGCCCUUGUCUCUGGACUCGGCAAUCUUGGCUCCAUCUUGACCACUUAUGCAUUGUAUUCUGGCUGGCCUGAAGACGCAAAGGGCCCUCAUAAGUACAGGAAGAGCAACUUGGUCAUGGUGGGUAUGGUGUGUGCGAGUAUUGUGGCCAGUGGUGUGAUGGUUCUGCUCCUCAGAUGGACCAGGACAGAGGGUGCGCAGGCCAUUGAAGAUGCCGUCGAGAACAAGGACGUUAUGGCUGAUGGAGCGGCCAAAAGAGAGUUGAGAGAGAUCAGGGCACAGCAAGGAUUCAGUCUGAACAGGCUGAAGGUACACAGAUAG